GAAAACGUCUCAUUAACAUAUCAAUAUUUAAGUCCCCUCAUGUAAAAUGAUCAGAGGAUAGAAUAAAACAAUCAGAGAAUAGCAUCGAAAUAUAAACAGUAAUUGAACCGUUGCUUUCACAUGAUGUGGAGUAGACUAUCGUAAUGGCUAUGAAUGUGGUUACUUUAUUGUCGGUAUCUACGAGUCUGGUCACCGGGGUGACCCAAAGGUAGCAGUUGCGUAAUCGACUAUGAAUACAGUCGGUAAAUAGACUUUUUGGAAUUUGUAAAUACGAUUGCAAAACACGCAGCAUGCUUUUAUACGACAUGCAGUGAAGGUACGAACAACAGCAACGGCACCCAGAGCAUCAGCCACAGCAGCUUCCUGGAACCAAGAGGCUGGAGAAUUGUGCAUUGCAAUCAGUUAGAAGAAUAAUAUCUAUAUGCAUUUAAAAGAGCUCUUCUGCCCAAACACACACCCUGCAAAAAUGCAAUUUGAAAGUGAUUUACAGCUACCAGAGAAAGUGCUAAAAUACGAAGCAUUCAUAAAUGAUGUUCUUAAAGAAGACCUGAAGAAAGUGCAUGCACGGCAAGAUCAUGUUACCACAGAAAUAGCUGAAUAUAUUCAGCUUAAGAACACUAUUCAAACACUGAAAGAGGCUGACAUGGUUAAGGAUGGAUUUAAGGCGAAAAUGAAUUUGGGAUGCAACUUUUAUGUGCAAGCAAAUGUAUCUGAUCCAAAAACUAUGUUCAUAGAUAUUGGUUUGGGACAUUAUUUGGAAUUUACACUGGAUGAAGCUCAAAAAUUUAUUGACAGAAGAUUGGAAUUGCUGUGUCAACAAAGCAACAAACUGAAGAAAGAUAGUGCUCAAACCAAAGCAAUGAUUAAAAUGGUGCUUGGAGGUCUGCAUCAACUCCAGUCAGAGAGUGGAAGUGCAAAGUAACAUUGUUACUACAUGGCCUGUUACAGAUUGACUUUUAACUUAUUGUGGUAUACUUUUGUACAAUUAUAUUAUUUUACUUGAUUAA